AUGGUAGGGGAACUCUUGGAACCUGAGCUCUUACAGGCAAUCGAAGGAUCACGUGUUUUCAUUGUUGUCUUCUCAAAGGACUAUGCAUCAUCCACAUGGUGCAUGAAAGAGCUCCAAAAGAUCGUUGAUUGGGUUCAAGAAACCGCUCGAAGUGUUCUCCCUGUUUUCUAUGAUGUCACUCCUUCCGAAGUUCGAAAACAAAGUGGAAAGUUCGGAGAAGCUUUUGCUAAACAUGAAGAAAGGUUUAAAGAUGACUUGGAAAUGGUACAAAUAUGGAGGGAAGCUCUAAAAACAAUUACAAAUCGUUGUGGGUGGGAUGUACAAAAUAAGCCACAACAUGAAGAAAUUGAAAAAAUUGUUGAGGAGGUAAUAAAUUUAUUGGGUCAUAAUCAAAUUUUGAGUUUUGAAGAUGAUUUAGUUGAUAUGGAUUUUCGUGUGAAACAAUUGGAAGAACUUCUAGAUCUUGAUGUAGAUGAAGUUGCUCGAGUUAUAGGAAUUUGUGGGAUGGGUGGUAUAGGAAAGACAACACUCGCAACUGCUUUGCUUAAUAAAAUUUCUCCCCAAUUUGAUGCUUGUUGUUUCAUAGAUGAUAUAAACAAGAUUUAUGAGAAUUUUGGACCGACGGGUGUGCAAAAAAAACUUCUUUGUCAAGUUCUAAACCAAGGAAAUAUAGAGAUAAACAAUAUUUUCCAAGGAACCAUGUUGGUGAGAACUAGGUUAUGUCACUUAAAGUCACUUAUUUUUCUUGAUAAUGUUGAUCAAGUUGAACAAUUAGAGAAAUUGGCUUUGCAUCCUAAAUAUCUAGGUGCAGGGAGUAGGAUCCUCAUAAUCUCUAGAAAUAGUCAUAUCUUGAGAAAUUAUGGAGUGGAUAAAGUUCACAAUGUUCAAUUACUAAAUACAAAUAAAGCUCUUCAAUUAUUUUGCAGAAAAGCUUUCAAAUCCGAUGAUAUUUUGAAUGAUUAUGAACAGUUAACAUAUGAUGCACUAAAAUAUGCUGGUGGCCUUCCUUUAGCAAUUAAAGAGAUAGUUUGUUGUGUAAAUUGGGUUCGCAUAUCGCUAAUUGAUCCCAUAUAG